AUGUUUAUCUCAACAUACGCUUAUGGAACUAAUUACACAGUUGACUGCAUUAAUCUACAAAUAGGACAAUACAUAUGCCCACAUCCAAAUUCCGAUCUUAUCGAUCGGACUACUCAACAAAUUCGAGGAUGUUCAAAAGAAAAUAAAGCUAGAGUUCUUAUGCAUGUAUUACUGCGGAUCUUAAAGGAGCUUGUCUCUAUAACUGCGAAAGAUAUAACUACUGCGUGUCUAUUACUACAGAUGAAAUUCAAUGAUGAACAACUUCGGGAUCAUGUAAGAAAUGAAUAA